CCUAAUUUGAGUGGCUCCCAUUUCUCUUCUCUUAUUUUCUCCAAAGCAUCCUAUCCUAUUGUACUCCAAAUUUGCUCUCUAAUCUCUUUCUCUUUUGCGUUUUCUUUUUAUUUUAUCAUCCUAAUUUCUAAUUACUUGCUAUUCAAAAUGUUUAUAGUAGCCAUUCAUGGAAUGAUGGAAGUGCAUGAUCACAAUAUUAUUGAGUAAUAUAUAUUUUCCUCUCCUAUAACCAUUUCAGUGCCAUAGAUUGAUAGAUCUAUACAAACACAAGGAGUGCAUUGUGCUACCAUGGUGAAUAUAGUACGAACACAUACUCGGAGAAAUUCCAUGGGAGGUCCUCCGUCUCCUAGGACAGUCGAAGUAGGAGAGAUCGAUACCAAAGCACCCUUUCAAUCUGUCAAAGCCGCGUUAAGUCUCUUUGGCGUACCAUCUUCGUCACCUCCUAGCACCAAACCCGUUUAUACCAAGAAGCCGAAGCCUCAAGCUCAGGAGGUUUUAGACAAUGAGGCGCAGUUUCACUUGGCCUUAAACGAGCUAAAUAAGUUGAAGGAACAACUAAGAGGCGCUGAAUUGAAAAAAAACCAAACAAUUCCUGAACUAGACAGGGCUCAAAGGACUCUCGAAGAUCUCCAAGAAAAACUUAAAACUGUCAAUGAGUCUAAACAGAACAUACUAGAAACUUCUAAAACGCUAAAGGAAAGGGCUCGGAAGCUUGAAGAAGCAGUUUUGUUAAGCGAUAUUAAUGCACAAGAGGUCAUCGAUAUUGUAAAGGCGGAUGUGGAUAACACCAAGGAAGAGUAUACGGCUGUUAUAUUGGAGCUUGAUUCGGCUAAACAACAGCUUAGUAAUGUGCAUAGGGAAUACGAAGCGACUUUGGAAGCUAAAGCUGCUGCUUUACGCUUAUCGCAAGAAGCCGAUGCAGCAGUAGACGCCCAUCGUUUGAGAGUCGGUAGCCUCACUAAGCAGAUUGCUACGAUGCAGGACACGUUAGCCAGUGUAAAAGCUUCUUCUAAAAACGCGGAGGAAGAUCACCAUAAGGGUAUAAGUCAAAGAAACGAGGAGAUUUCUUCUCGUAGACUUGCCAAGCAAGAGAUGCAAUAUAAAAUGCUCGGUUUACAGGAUGAAUAUCGGUCUCUUCUAGCCGAUGAUUUGCAGGCUAAACUUGUGGAAACGAAUGCUGAGAUUUUAUGUCUUAAAGAAAAAGUGUCGAAUGCCAAAGAUGUUUAUGUAGAAUCUCGAAAAACGAUGAAUUAUGAGCUCGAGGAAGCUAAGAAAUCGUUUGAUAAGGUUGCAUACGAGAAGUUGUCGCUACAAAGAUUAUUAGAAUCGUUGAAGCGAGAGCUAGAACAUGUCGGAAAGGAGUUAUUGGAGCAGAAACUUAAAAUAGAGGAAUCCGAGACUCUAGCCAAUAGACUGAAAGCCGAAUUAGAUGAUGAGAAGAAUGUGCUUGAAGCGGGUCUUAUAAAUAAAACUAGUGCAGCAGAUGUAUCGGAUGAUAUGGCUGUAACGAUUGAACAACUGAAUUUGGAGACGGAGAAAUUAGGGCAAGAAGCCGAACAGAUUAAGAAGAGAAUACGAGAAGAGGAACAACAAACACAAAUAACUAAAGAAAGGAUGGUUGAUAUGGAAACGAAGUUGUCGAGUGUCCUAAAAGAAGUGGAAGAGGCUAGAGCAGCCAACAGAGCUGCACAGGACGAGAUUAAAGUGCUUUCUGACAGAACCGAGGGUGCUACAGAUCGGGAAUCUACACCCGAAAGUAAUAGUGGGAAGAUUAAGGUUUCAACCGAAGAGUACAACUCGUUGAUAGAGAAAGUUGAUGAGUCGGAAAAGUUGGCUGAUAUAAAAGUAACAGCGAACAUAGCUCAGGUAGAAGCUUUGGUUGCGAGCCAAAAGGAAGCAGCUCGAAAGUAUGAGGCCAUUUCGAAAGAGAUUGAAGAAGUAAAGAUGAAAGAAGAGGAAGCUCUUAAGGUUGCGGAAAUGGCUGAGGCUGCAAAGAGUGCGUUGGAAGCUGAAUUGCAACGGAUGUAUCAAGAAGAACGAAUCAAUCAGACGCCUCAAGUUGAGUCGAAUGCUGAGAGCAUUGCGUAGCAACCUGAUCUAUCGUAGGAAUUUUCGAUGGUUGAUUGUCGAUUUCAUGCUCGAACACAGGCUAUGAUAUGCUAGAAUAUUGUCCUAGUCUAACCGGCGAAUCUAGAAUAAAAUCAAAUGAUAUCAAUUGGGUUUAUAUAGAAGUAGAAUGUCUUAGUCUGACGGGGUCAUAUAGCACAUCUUUAACCAACUUAACCAAUACAUAUAUAAAUAUUUCUAAGUAUAUGAUUUUAUAUAGAAGUAGAAUGCUGUCAGUUGACAUAAUUGAUUGAAUGACCUUGGAUCCAUCUAUGGUCCUAGAUAUGGUUUGCUCAUUGUUAUACUAGAAUGUUAGAGUCUAAUGACAAUUUAGUUUAUGCUUGGGGAAUGAAAAUUUUUCCUUUUGUAAUUCAAAUUUAAACUCCAUUGGUAUAACUAGAGCAAAAUUGCGUUGUUUUCCGUAGCUUCUGGGAUUAUUGUCCCUUAGCCGAUUCAAUUGACUUGUUUGACCAACUCACAGCAUUAACUUUUGUUUAGCGGUAAAACCAAAUAGAUGAUAUAAAUUGAUUCAACCAUGAAGCCACUAGUUAAUAAAUUGCUUAAAAGACAAUUUUAUAAUUUUUCCAAUUAAAAUUCUCGUUCUACUGUCAUCUCUUAGAAAACGAAGACAUAAAUUUAUUUUCUUAAAGUGUCAUUUAAAAUCUCAUCAUAACCUAUAAAUUUAAUAAUUUUCAUUCGCUCAAAACAAAACCUUAAAUAUUAGAUUAG